CUCACCAUUACGUCUAUACUUCAGCGGUUUUCUUAUACUUGUUUACAUCGAGUUGUUAUUGUUAUUGUGUUUGUUAUGGUAGUUUAAUAGGUGUAUUCCCUCACCUAUAGAGGCACAGCGGACCAAAAUGUGGAGAUGGAGGGAAUCGAGUACAGCACCGAGCCAUUUGAGAGUUUAUAUGAGGUGUAUGAGGAGAUAGGCAGUGGGCAGUUUGCAGUUGUUCGUCGGUGUGUAGAGAAAGCUACUCGUGCUGAAUAUGCUGCUAAAUACAUCCGCAAAAGACGUGUGGCAUCCUCCCGACGGGGGCUGCCACUGGAAUCCAUUGCAAGGGAAGUUCGUGUCUUACAGAUGAUCGACGAUCACCAAAACAUUAUCUCGCUCCAUCAGGUGUUUGAUAAUGGACAGCAAGUUAUCCUAGUGUUGGAAUUGGUGCGAGGGGGAGAGUUAUUUGAUCAUAUUAGUGAGAGAGAGAGACUGUCAGAGGAAGAGGCAUCAGCAUUUUUACAUCAGAUCUUGCAGGGUGUCUGUCACAUGCAUUCCUUGGGUCUAGCUCAUCUUGAUUUGAAGCCAGAAAAUGUUCUACUACUAAGUAAAAACCGGCAACACAUAAAAUUAAUUGAUUUUGGUCUGUCUCGAGUCAUCACAAAGGCAGAGGAAGUGAGAGACAUGAUGGGUACUGCAGAGUUCGUGGCUCCUGAGAUUGUCAACUAUGAGCCGCUGUGUCUGGCCACAGACAUGUGGGCCAUUGGGGUCAUAACAUAUAUCUUGUUGUCUGGAUCUUCACCAUUCUUAGGUGAUACACAGCAGGAGACAUUUAACAACAUAACAGCUGUGGAUUACACGUUUGACAGCGAGUAUUUUUGUGGCACCUCGGACCUGGCCAAGGAUUUCAUCUGUCGCUUGUUGGUUAAAGAUGCCAGAAAACGAUUGACGGCUGAGGAGUCACUAGCACACCCCUGGAUGGAGCCACAGUCGCAAGAACAGGAAGAGGAGCGCCGCGAUGCACAAACAAACAUGGAUAACUUUAAAUCGUACCAAGCCCGACGGAGAUGGAAGCAUUCUGUCAAAGUUGUGACGUUAUGUAAUCGUUUGUCAAGAAGUGCCAAAUUACGAAGUCAGAGUGCUGAGCUCCUGGAUGCCAAGUCUAGUGCCAUUACUCUACAAGAAGACCGGGAUGCCAGCUUUGUGCUCUCCGCCCUGGUGGCAGCUGUCGAGGAGGGUAACCUGCCCGGCCUCGAGAAGCUCUUCAAUGUUGCACAGAAUAUUGAUGUCAACAUGGCUAACAAGCAUGGCGAGAGUGCUAUCCACCUCUCUUGCGGUUUGGGGCAGUUAGAGCCACUCAAGUUCCUGGUGAAGAAAGGUGGCGGACUUGACGCUACAGAUGCCCAGGGCGACACACCUCUGCACUGGGCUGCUCGUCAAGGCCACGCCCAUGUCAUCGCUUACCUCAUCGAGCAAGGAGCACAAAUCAACACUCAAAAUAAGAACGGAGAGUCGUGUCUUCAUGUGGCAUGUCGGUAUGGCCACACAGUUGUCGUUCAAAACUUGUGCCUCUGUAACAUGAAUCUGGAUCUGCAGGAUGAGCACGGAGAGACAGCGCUGCACAUUGCGGUCUGGCACGGCUUCCCACGAAUUGUUCAUCACCUGUGUUCUGCUGCAGCUAACACUGAACUUACAGAUAAGGAGAGUCAAACUCCCUUACAUGUCGCUAGUGGACGAGGACACGUGGAGUGUGUUCGGGGGCUGGUUGGUGCUGGGGCAUGUGUGGACGCUCAGGACGGUCAUGGUACCACCCCUCUUCAUCAUGCCUUGGCUCGCCACCACACACAGGCAGCGAUGAUACUCCUCCAUGCUGGUGCCAACACAGAUAUAACAGAUGAUAUAGGGGAGGCUCCCAUACAUAUUGUAGCAAGAGAAGGCUUGUUGGCUUUAGCUCAGACUCUAUGUGCCUUUGGAUGUAGUGUUGAUGUCUCCAACAAGGCAGGUCUGUACCCCUUGCAUCUAGCAGCCAAACAUGGACAUACAGAGCUAGUGAGGUGCCUGUGUUUGGCUGGGUGCAUGGUGGAACAGAAGAGCCGUGAUGGGAUCCUAGCUGAAGUGUCUGCCAUGGCCCAGGGGUACGACGACAUUGCUGAUCUUCUGAACAAACUCAGAGGGGAACAGCAGCGAGAGGAGUACAUACAGCAACUCAUCCCAAGCCUCUCGUCCAUUCCCCGGAUCAAGGUGAAGAUCUUGGGUCACUCGGGAUCAGGGAAGACCGCCCUCGUCGAGACCCUUAAGACCGGUUACUUCUCCUCCUUUUUCCGCAGGAGUAAAAGUAACACCUCUUCCACAUCAAUAGGGUCAGCAGGAAAGAGUCCCUCUGCUAUGAAGGGUCACUUUGAAAUGGAGUCGCCCCUAAGCUCUCGUCAGAACUCUCUUACCUUCGAACCCUGUGAGAAUUACACUAAAGGCAUCGAUGUUCAACAGGUAAAUAUCUCCGGUGUGGGUGAACUGUCGCUGUGGGAGUUCUCAGGUCACGAGGCGUACUUCCCAGUGUACGACCACUUCAUUGGCAAUACAUCUUGUGUUCACCUUAUAGUAUUCCCUCUCAACCAGCCAUUUGAUGUUCAGUUACAACAGUGUUCCUUCUGGAUGUCCUUCCUCCAAGCUCGGAUUCCUCCCAUGGAACCUUUAAAUGUUCGGGGAAAGCCAAGCAAACCGGCAAAAGUGACUCUAGUGGGAACUCAUGCUGACGUGGCCCAGUGUCACCGUAACCUCCAGGGAGACUUCGUGGCCCCUCAAGUCCAUCUUCUGCAGGAGAAGCUUCUGAAUCUCUUUGGUGAUGUAUUUGAAGUGCACGAUACAGUGUAUGUGGUGGAUGCCACGGCUCCGGGCUCUACUGCUGUCCGCGCCCUCAAACAGUACUUGGCAGACUGCAAGGCCAAAGUUACCCAGGGCUGGAGCGGAGCCAGUGUGGCGUAUGCUGUUGGGGCGGCUGUUAGCGGUGAUGGAUAUACGAUCCUGCAACCUGACGCGUGUGAGGGAGUACCACGGGUGACAGGCUUCCUGGGUGCAGUGGUCAGCACCUUGGCUGAGUGGCGAGCAUCACUGGGGGAGUUCCCUGUGGUGUCGUGGCCCCAGUUUGUUGAUGUCACUCACCAGCGGGUCAACCCCCUUGCUGGUGAAGAACAUUUGCGAGAGGUGGUCCAGCAGCUACAACUAAUGGGUGAAGUAGUGUAUUUGAAGGCGGAGGCACAGGACCUGGUUGUGCUCGACCCUGCAUGGCUCACCCAUCAACAGUUGGGGCACCUCCUCUCUACACAGUAUGCUGCCCAGGCUAGGGUCACUGGCUGCUACACUGUUGAUGACUUCCAAAUGAGCUUCCCUGAGUGUGAUGCCUUGGACCUAUUACAGGUUUUAGAGGCUUUACACCUCUGCACUCAAUGUGACAAUGAUGGAGAAAUUGAAUAUGAAUUUCCUUGCUUCAAUCAAGUUGAAACCCUGGAUGGACUGUGGGAGAAGGUUGAUCCACGAUACACAGACGGUGUAUAUGGUGGUGUGAGGCUACGCUCCCCUGCACCAACACAGUAUAUUCUGCCACCAAUUUACGUCCGUUUGCAGGUUCAGCUUCGGAGGUCUUGGCAAGAAUACCCAGAGAGGGACACGGACUUAUACCAAUGGUGCAGCGGCUCCAAGUUCUGCUCGGGCCCCCUGGAAGCUCUACUUACUCUUGAGGAGGGAGGGGAGGCCAUUGAGCUCAAGGUUCGAGGACCGCCAGAAUCGGGACCUGUUGCAUUUUUCUUCAUGGAGGAUCUGUUAGCUAUGAUUGACCAGGUGCUUGUGGAGAUGUGUCCAGGUCUUGUGCUAGAGAAACAUGUCCUGAGUGCUGAUCAACUCACUUCCCACUCGUCUACUGUGUAUGCCUGGCCCCCGGCGGACAUCUACACAUCCUUGCUUGGCGGUGGUGUGCGGGCAUCUCUUCAUAACCCAUUAACAGAGAAAGAUGAAACAUUCUCCCAGUUAGUGUGUUUUGGAUCACAGGAUGUUGUGUCCAGUUUAGUGGUUGGUGGUGAGGUGCACAUCUCCAGCCUCUGUACAGUGACUGUCCAGCGUCUAGCAGCUCUCAUGGAUCCACCACACCUUCGUGGCUCAGACUGGUGUGUUCUGGCAGUCAAAUUGGGACUACAACAUCUAUUGCCCUCACUGGACACGCAAGGUGGCUCCUCCCAACACUCCCCAACUGCCACUCUCUUGCACUCUUGGGGUCAGGCUCCCACAGCCACACUCGGUGCUCUAGUAAAUGAACUCCGUGGAAUGGAACGCGAGGAUGCGGCAAUAGCUGUGAUGUGUGGUGCUCCGCUGUACCAACUCGCGCCCCCGGACGACGACACAACAUCAGACUCUCCGCCAAUAUCUUCCACCUCGGCCACGUCCACUUCUAACCUUUCCAGAUGAGCUACAGCACCACAGGAACCCCACCAGACCUCAACACCAUCUACAUAGAAAUACCAUCUACCAUUGCAAUAAUAUUCUUAUGGCUAGUCUCUAUUCCGCAGAUAGGAUAAUUAAGACAUGUUACGUCACUUUUUGAUAAUACCCUGUUUUCCACUUCUCGAAUACAAAGACUACCUGACAUGAAGAACCAUUCGGGUAUUGUAGUUUGGUAGGUAGGUUGUCGUGUUUAAAUACAUUACUGUACUACAAUGAAAGGUGCAGCACAAAAUGGUCCUAGGUGUUUCUCUCCGUUGUUUUAGCACAUGUAAUAAAGGCUUGAAACUACUGGAAAGUUACUGUAUGUUUUUAGAGCUUCGGAGUAACUUUUCACAGAGAGAGAAAUAGAGAGAGAGCAUCAAGAGCAUCACAUGAAGCAACAAUCCAGAAAGUGUGUGUUAUGAUCUUCCUGUCCAGUUCAGUACAGUAUGCAGUGCAGUUUGAUACUGUAGUUAUACAUAUAUUAUGUUUGUGUGCCAAGUUGUUUCUUUCUUAAUGUUAUUGUUGGUCAUUUAUACUUGUUAUGUAGGGUUUUUUUUUUUUUUUGUAUUUAUUGGGUAAAGCUAAAUGUUAUAUUUUAUACAUCUGCCCCCACUGAGAAAGGCGACAUCCUCCGAGGCAAAAGGUGUUGUGCUCAGUAAGGCCUUUUCUCCCAUUUGGUCUGUAACUAUAAUGGUCCAUAAUGCUUCAUACCACACCAUGUUGUCUCCUUGUUUGUAGUGAACACCAUGUGACUAUGUGAUACUUAUGGUUUAUUUAUUGUAGUGCAACAAAUUCAGAACAAAUAAUCACCAAUUGUUGUCCGUAAUUUACCUUUAAAAUUAAUGAAGAAAUUCCUUGGAGUUCUUGAAUUAUAUAAAGUUACACACGUUUUUGUAAGAGUACACAGAGUUUCAAAAUCUCUCUUUUUUUCUUUAAAUGCCAAACAUAAUUCUAACUUGAAUCCUAUCAUGUUUGGUAAUGUUGUUACAUAUCUAAAUGCAUUCAUGUUGUAUAAAUGUUCUUACUAUGUAUAAAGAAUCACAUCUUUUCAUGAAUAUGUCAUUUUUUAUAGUAUUUGGAAAUAGCUUAAAAUAACUUAUACACUCAUUUGGUAUUCUCAGAUGAGUGUUCACGAUUGUAGGUACAGAGUCAGGAACCUGUGAGAGCAUUGUGAUAAUACUCUCCAGAACAGUGGACUCUUUUUAGUCGGCCAGCAACGCCUUACAGAUCCUGCACAAAGCUGUUAGUAAAUCUUUGUAGAAGCUUUUGAUAUGGAACUUGGUGGCCGGUUGCUAGUCUCAUGCCGUCCUUCCAGCGCGAAUAUUAUGUCCAUCGGGGGGCUAAAAGUCAUCGUAGGUAAAUGGUUUUCAUCUUAUUAUGUCACCAGUUGCAUUUACAGUCUUAUAUAUUGUAAAUGGUUUUCCAUUAUAUAACUUAUGAAGAUUUUUUUAUACCUUGAACAUGUAAUGUGACUGAACAAUUGCAUAAUCAUACACAACUCCAGCAUCCAGUGAUAGUCCUGUACCUUAGGUUGAUGGUGUGGGUUUAGGAGCAUAUUUAUCAUUAACUUAGUGAUAAAGUUUCCUGCAGUGUAGAAAAAAUGUAGAUGGAGAUAGAGGUCUAGUCUGCUGUAGCAUUAAAUAAGCUAAAUUGUAAGGUAUUAUUUUAUGUGAUAUACUAAAUUUGUAAAAUGUUGAUUAUUUUCCUUGUUUAAAUGUUUGCAAUUUUUUUGGUGCAAAGAACUUCAUAGAGUUUGCAUUCUGCUGCCCUAAAUUGAGAACACGAAAACUUGCAAGCUGGACUCUACUUUACCCAGGAUCAGCAUCUAAGGAAGCGAGUUAUUAGAAGCAGGGAAAUGAACUCUCCAAUUUACUGUGACUAAGAAACCAUGCACAAGCUGGUCCUUAAAUUGAGUUAAUUCCCAUUGUGCUAAUGUUAGGUAAUAUACGAUUAAAAGAAAGGGUCGGAAAUGACAGAAAGACUUAAAGAAAUGAUGAUAGAGCAAAGUCAAAAUAUACUGUAUGAAUAUAGUAAUGUAGUAAAAAUCUAGUACAGGUACCCAUAUAUUCACCCUUUUCCUGUGUGUUUGUUUUAAAGCUCAAAUGGUUCACCAAGAACAGUUGAGUGGGAAGAAAACAAAUUCAAUAUUUUUUUGUUUAAACAAUCAUGACCUGCUCAAAAGUAGCUGUAGCUAUAUUAUUAAUUCUGCAUAGCUUAGUGUUCCUUCGUGCAUUCUCAUACUCCACACUGUACUGUCUCUACAGACAUAUUUUUUUUUCUCAUCUGUCUUUCUAAGCUUCCUUCCUUCCAGAUACACGAGUCACCCUGGUUUUGUAUCACAUUCCUGUACAGUAUUGUAUUGCAGAUGCUUGGUAGCAUUUCUUGUGUAUCUACCAUAUCAAAAUGUAAAAUUAUUUUGUAUAUGUUUCAAAUACUUUUCGUUUUUGACACAAAGGUGUGUAAAGUAGUCAAAAGGCAGUAAAUUUGGAGGCAGUUUUGUCUGGGCCAGUGUGCAUUAAAUGUAAGUAAAGGGAUUAUUUAUUGAGUAGUGAACACUUUGUUAUUCAAACAAUCUUGUAAUAAAGUCUUUGAAAAGUAUAAUUAACAUAUCAGCAAAUAAUGGCCACUAAGCCACUCUAGUCCUUUAAAGCUUAUUUCUUCAUCAAUGCAAUCAGAAUUCUCUAAAAUACAAAAUUCAAUUAAUUUCAAAUACUAUACACAAACAUCUUUCUAAUCUGGCAUGAUAGUAUAAUAGUCUGGUGCUUUUCAAUUACAACAUAGCUCUUGGUAAACCAAUUAUUCAGAAUACUUUUCACUAUCAUACUCUGGCAACACAGGACAAUACCUCUUAUUGGCUGAUGCUUGGUAAUGUUGCCUUGCCAUUGGCUGGGGCUUCCAGCACGCUUGCCACUUCCUGGCCUCCAUUGCACAAGGAGUGUGGGAAGAGGGUACACCAUUGGGAAAUAUAGAACCCUUGCUGAUAAACACCACAACUGCGCAUCUCCCAGCAGUUAUGUUCAGGCACUGGGGAAAGCUGGGCUGGUAAAGACUAAAGCUCUUGUCAACCUUUUUUAUUAAGCUGAAGUGUUUUAAAACCUUAGUAGAGACCACCAGUGUUGCCAGUUACAAUUUAUUAACAUAUUAGUGUAUCAGGGAUGUGUACCAGGUUGUAGGGGGAACAUUUAGAAGUUCAGAAAAUCCACUGAUCUGGUAUGACUGGUACUAAUCAUGCUGGGGCUAAAGAGAGAUUGAUGUAUUUGUAUCUGAGAACUUAAAUAACCACAUAAUUAUUCCCCAAAUCUGUUGUGUUUCAGUGUCCAACAUCCAAUACAAGAAAUACUGGAAAAUUGUAUUUAGCCACAGAUAGUGACUAGUAAGGCUAUAUGUUUGCUAAAAUUAUCCCUGAAGAGUUUGAAACCAGUAAUGGCAAUUUUGUUCAACAAGAAAUUGCAUAUUAUGUGUUUGAAAUAGUUAAUGUUAUUUACCACUAUUGUUACCCAAAAUUGUGCUUUCAGGUCUUUCACCCACUUCGGUUCAUGUGUGAUAACUGACCACUAGCUUAGUAACUCCUAAUGAACUGUAUUUGCCUUUGAUAUUUAAAGCAGUGACAAACAGUUAUGUAGAAAAGUGAAUACUAUAUGGAAGUAGCAUAAUAUUCUGGGGAUUUUGUUUAAGGGAUGCCAUUCAGACCAUAACCAGAUUCCUAAAUGUAAGUUUUAAUCAUAUCACAAAAUGAUAGUUAAUGUUGCUUUUUUCACAUUCCAUUAUUGUAUAGCGGUGUGGCUGUCUCUCCAAGGUCUUGCGUGGGUGCCAUAUGCACUUAUUUAUUGCUUUUAUACACAUCUUAAUUUAAGGAAAAUAAUUUA